AAAACAGAGGGGGUAAAAGAGAAAAUCGAUGUCUGAACUCAGAAGGCGAAUCUCGGUGCUGAGAUUGGAACGCGUGUAACGUGUCGCGAUUUGCGGAAAUGGAGGAUUCCGGCAGCAGCUCGCCGCCGGCGCCGCCCCUAUUCCGCAACAGGUACUGGAUCCUCCGCCACGGCCGCAGCGUCCCCAACGAGCGCGGCAUCAUCGUCUCCUCUCUGGAGAACGGCACCAAGCCGGAGUUUGGACUGGCGCUGCAAGGCGUGGAGCAGGCGCGCUUGGCCGGCGAAUCGCUCCGCAAGGAGCUUGAAGAAAUGCGUGUGCCGCUGGAUUCUGUCAAGAUCCUCUAUUCGCCGUUCUCACGGACCAUGGAGACUGCAAGAGAGGUCGCCAGAAUGCUCGGUGUCCCCUUUGAUAGUUCCAGCUGCUGCAUUACAACUGUGGAUCUUCGGGAACGCUAUUUUGGGCCAUCAUAUGAAUUCCUUUCACAUGAGAAGUAUGCAGAGGUAUGGGCAGUUGAUGAAGUGGAUCCCUUAAUGGCACCAGAUGGUGGUGAGAGCGUUGCAGAUGUUGCUACUAGAUUUGCUAAAGUUCUCUCUUCUGCAGAAAUGGAGUUUCAUGGCUCUGCAAUUCUUAUUGUCAGUCAUGGGGACCCACUACAAAUCUUUCAAGCAGUACUAAAAGAAACGAAGGAGAACUCUUCUUUCCCUGAUGAGGUAAGGGACCUUAAAAAGAGAGGCAUGAUAGCACCAUGUAUGUUGUUGCAGCACCGUAAGUUUGCACUCCUCACUGGGGAGCUGCGCCGAGUUGUGUGAUAAUUUAUUAACUAGCAAAUUCAAUUGGGUGUAUUUCUCUACAA